UAACAGAUUCUAAAGUGGGCAUUCUCUCCUCUAUUAGAGAUUUUCUCUGACCACACCCCCGCCUCUCGCUGGAGCUGAGACAAGACCCAACUGCGAGUAAAGGAAGAUCAAUAACUGUCUACAAAAAGGUGGAAAGAAGAUGAGCAACCCACUGAGGGGAGAAGUUAUCAGAUUGUACAAGAAUCUUCUUUAUCUUGGAAGGGAAUACCCAAAAGGGACUGCAUACUUCAGAGAGCGCUUAAAAACAGCUUUUAUGAAGAACAAAGAUGAAACAGACCCUGAGAAGAUCCAAAAGCUCAUUGCUCGAGGGGAUUUUGUGAUCAAGGAACUGGAAGCUCUUUAUUUUCUUAGAAAAUACAGAGCCAUGAAGAAGCGCUAUUAUGACCCAGAGAACUGAUGACCGUUGGACAGCAUGUGGGACAGUUAAAAAUAUGUUCUCCAUUAUUAAAAAUAAUGUUUCACAGAUUUGAUAGUGCACCUUUCAUGUGCCAUUGUUACAGACUUGAUCAAGUAUGAUCAAGUGUAUGUAGUGUAUGUUUUAAAGGUAUUGACUAAUGUGGCCAAUUAGGAUAUUAUGUUAAAUUGAGUGGUAAGCCAAAUCAUAUGUUUCACUGAUCCAUUAAGUGUGUUCAUAUUUGCACCAAAUCAAUGGAUGUUCCCAGGGGAGACUGAUCUAAAUAUGUCCAGCUGGCCUCUGUGGUGCCAGCUAUGCUGUGUAUCUUGUAAAUAACUGCCAGAUAUUUGUCUUGAAUGUUGGUGGACAGCAGCUAAUACAGAAAUAAAUGCGUAUUUUAUUAA